AUGAGUGAAGUUGUUCAGAUACUUCUAACUAUAGCACCAGAAAAAUCUAAAAGGCGGAAUUUCUCCGUUGACCGCUUUCAGGAUUAUACCAUUAGAAUGGAACGCGAGCUUCAACAAUUGUCAUCCAGUAGAUCAUUUUCGUCAGAAUCUUCAUUGCUUGUGCAUACCCCUCAUGAAAACGAAGAACCAGUUACAGUUACAGGUCCCGGUUCACAUGGUGGAAAUGAUGAAGUCACUGUUGACUUAACUGAACCAUGCUUUGAUGUAUUAGAGGAAGAAGCCAUAAAAGCAUUGUAUGAUGUUUCAGUGAUUAUUAGAAACAACCUAAAUGGCCUCAAAUUGUUCUAUUCCGAAGGCGGCGACCUAAUGCUACAGGGCAUUUUGAGCAAUGCCACUGCUGAUGUUAGACUACGCAGGAGAUCAGUGUCACUUGUAGCUGAUCUGGCUUAA